GAAAACAAUAACAUUUUUAUUCUGAAUUUUGGUUUUAAACAAGAGAGACUGCUUCUUCACAAACUUUAAACGAACGUUUCGUAAAAACUACUGUGAAAUUAAUUAUUUAAAUAAAAGAGAAUUGAAAUACCACCAAAUCGAGCUAUAAUUUCUUCAACACUUUCCCAAAAUGCAUUCUGUGCUAGCCUUAUUGGCGUUGGUGGCUUUUGCUCAAGCCAUAUCAUUUUCCGAUAUCAUUAAAGAAGAAUGGGUUGCUUUUAAGUUGCAACACAAAAAAAACUAUGCCGGCGAAAUUGAGGAACGUUUCCGCAUGAAAAUAUUUGGAGAAAAUCGCCAUAAAAUUGCCAGACAUAAUCAAAAAUAUGCUGCUGGUCAGGUAUCGUUCAAAAUGGGUUUGAACAAAUAUGCCGAUAUGUUGCCCCAAGAGUUCAAGGAAACCCUUAAUGGCUACAAUUAUACAUUGCAAAAGAACUUGCGUAAACAAAGUUCCCAGGGAGCCAUUACCUAUAUUCCACCGGCACAUGUUACUGUACCCAAAACCGUUGAUUGGCGUCAAAAGGGUGCUGUCACACCAGUAAAGGACCAAGGUCAUUGCGGUUCCUGUUGGUCGUUCUCGGCUACAGGUGCCUUGGAGGGACAACAUUUCCGCAAAACAGGUGUUUUGGUAUCAUUGAGUGAACAGAACUUGGUCGACUGCUCUACUAAAUAUGGCAAUAAUGGUUGCAAUGGUGGUUUAAUGGAUAACGCUUUCCGUUACAUUAAAGACAAUGGCGGCAUUGAUACCGAAAAGUCCUAUCCCUAUGAGGGUAUUGAUGAUUCCUGUCACUUUGAUAAGGCCAGUAUUGGAGCCACCGAUACAGGAUUUGUGGACAUUCCCCAAGGCAAUGAAGAAAUGCUAAUGAAGGCAGUCGCUACCAUGGGCCCUGUGUCCGUGGCCAUUGAUGCUUCACAAGAAUCCUUCCAAUUCUACAGGGAAGGUGUAUACAUUGAGCCCAAUUGCAACGCGGAAAAUUUGGAUCAUGGUGUUUUGGUUGUUGGCUAUGGCACCGAUAAAAAUGGUCAAGACUACUGGCUGGUGAAGAACUCUUGGGGCACCACAUGGGGAGAUAAUGGCUACAUUAAAAUGGCACGCAAUCAACAAAAUCAAUGUGGCAUUGCCACCGCCUCCAGCUAUCCAACAGUUUAAAAUGAUUUUUAUUUUCUUAUUCUCUAUACUAUGCCAGUUAUAAUCUUUUCCACACAUAUUCUUCUCUUUUAUUCACAUUCUUCUAAUAUUUAAUUUUACGUUUGUAAAAGUACGACCAUUGGUAUAUGCAUAUGUGUAUUAUUUUCGUUAUUCAGCAUUUUUUUUUAAUUUAAUUUCUAUAUACUAUGGUGAAACUCAAGUUAACUUAGGGAAAGCUUUAAAUUUCAUUAACAAAUUGGUUUACCUCGAGCCUUGGUUUUUUUUUAGAAAAAAUAAAGCGAUUGUCGACUGUGUCGUCGUCUCUUCACAGGCAGUGCAGUGGAGUUUCAAAUAAAUAUUGUCACAGAUACAUGCCAUGUCAUUUUUAAUGUAAUUUAAUUAAAAUGUACAUAUAUACAUAAUUAAAAAAUAAAACCGAAUGUUUGAUUUUAGAAA